GUCACUGCAAGUGUUUCGAGUGUAAACAAGGGGUUGACGGAAGAAAAGUCUAGAAGUGGCCAUUAUAAUUUUAUUUUUCACAUAAUUUUUGCAGUUACAUUGAUUCACUGAAACCUCUUUGUUUCAGAAUGCUUUGAUUCCGGAUGGUCGCUGUGCCUAGAGCGGAAAUGCAGUAGUUAGCGUUUGGAGCAGAGACAGACCGCGGAGGAGAGGCAUCCAUUUCUCGGCCUGCCGUGGGUGUCGCAGCGAGGGGCUGGAAAGUCCCCUGCAUGCCCGGGCCUAUCUCAGUCUGGACCGCAGGCGGGAGCCCCUGAGCCCAUUGUGGCUGUUUACGGCACAUUGUUUCCACCAUGGAGUCCGGAGCCAAUCACUGCGAAGAGGAGACGCUGCAGACUGCCUUCAAAAAGCUCCGAGUCGAUGCAGAUAGCCCCGCUGCAGCAGUGCGUGUCUGUGAGGCUUUGGCCCAAAGGACGGCUGCUCGGGCCAACACAGAGGGCGUCAAGGCUAAAGGGGCGUGUCCUAAAGAGAACUGGCAUGGAUGUAUGCGCAAGACAUCCAGGGGAACAGUAAGGAGCCAGAGACGAAGAAGGUCAAAGUCUCCCAUCCUUCAUCCCCCGAAAUUCACCUACUGCGGCUCCAAGAUGUCCCCGCCGCCAGGACACCUAAAGCACAAGAGCCUGCCUGAGGCGGAAGACAGCGGCGCUGCCCUGGGUGUCCCUGCCAAGAAGGAAUUGCUGUCCUCGGGCCACUCCUCCCCGGUGUUCGGGGCCGCCGGGUACGAACCCCACCCCCGCGAACCUCAGGGAGGGGCGGCCGCCCCGGAGGUCCACCUCAGACCGCCGUCCGACGAUGAGGGCGCCGGCGAGGCCCCGUGCCUGGGGCGAAGCCUCGGCCUCCCCUCGGAGAGAGCCGCGAGCGCCGCCGCCGCCUCCGACUUCCAGUCCCUGUCAAGGCUGAGUGAGAACAGAGGCUGCCCGUGCGCCGAGGCCGAGUGCCAGUGCCGUGGCUGGCAGGGCGUGGAGGUCUACUCCUUCACCGGGCUGAGAGACGUCAUUUCGGAGUGCGAGAGGAACCUGGCCGGCGGCGAGGACGCCUCUCAGACCUCACCGCACCGGCGAACUCAGAGCACCACCGGGAAUUCCGGCUCACCGCGCUCCUGUUCUGAACAGGCCCGGGCCUACGUGGAUGACAUCACAAUAGAGGACCUUUCGGGCUACAUGGAAUACUACCUGUAUAUUCCCAAGAAAAUGUCACACAUGGCUGAGAUGAUGUACACUUAAAAAUGAAAGGUGUUUCGCAGGGGUUGCUGAUAAAUGGUUAGGCAUGAUUUAAUAAUCCAACAACCAUCAUAGGGUAAACUGUUUUCUUCUCAGUCUUUUUUCUUUCUUUUUCUCCUUAAUCUCCUGAAGUAGUGCUGAAACACAUAUCGAGACAUACCUGCUUCUUAUUUUCAUUUCUGUCUUUUCUUUUUGAAAGGAGCUGAUUGUUUUUAUCUCUGGUUUACAUAAGAAGUUGCCAAAGCUCUUUUGCAAAAACUACAGGUGUGAUUAAUAGUAUGUGCAAACUUGUUAUGCCAAGUUUUGUUUUCCAUGUCCAAGGAUGUCCAAUGUCUUUGGAGUUUCCAUUUGACUUAAUAAAGCCGUAUGUUAUAAGUGCUGCAUUGAAAUUCGAAAUUCCCUUGUUUUUCAGAUGAAUGCAUGCUCCUUGGUUGAUAUGUGCUUUUUCAAGGUUCUUUAUUUAAGCCCUAAAGAAUAAUUACAUUUAAAUUAGUCUAAUACAGCUCAGAUGGAGCGCUUCCAGCAUCUGACAAUGAUGGUAUUUAGUGUGAUUCAACAGCCAUGACAAAGUACACUCAUUAAGUAGUAAGUGAGAGAAGUUUGAUUGUGCCACAAAAGCAAAGCAUCUGGAACACUGACUGUAUUUGCAUUUACUUGGUCAGUGGAUUGUGGAGGGCUGUCAUGCCUGCAGUCCCCAGAAUAUAGAUCUGUAAUAGAUAUAAAUUAUGUCAACAUCUUGUGCAUCUGUUUUGAAGUAAGUGUGUCAUCCAAAUAAAGUGCACUGAAAGGCAUUGAAA